AUGUUUGCCACAACAUACAUCCGCAUGAAAGGCGUGUUUUUGGUCUUUUUUUUUGACAACUCACGCUGCUACCGCUACAAGCAGUCGCUGAGUUCAGCAGUCGAUUCCGCCACAAUCCAACUCGCACCACACACUCACAACGCCACCUGCCUCUCUCUCUCUCUCUUUCUCUCUCUCUCUUUCUCUCUCUCUCUCUGCUCGCAUUUUUCUUCUGCGUCGUGUCGUCGCCUUUUCCUCUCUCUCUUUCUCACUCUCUCUUUCUCUCUCUGCGCGCUUUCUGGUCUCUGCCCUUCCUCCUCCUCCUCCUCCUCCUCCUCUCUCUCUCUCUCUUUUUCCGUGUGGCUGGCACCUUGGGCGGGAGUCAACAGUGGCAUGAGCCAUUCACCGAUUUUGGCCUUUCAUCACAACAUGGCUGGCUAUGGACUGCAUCACCCUGGGUUUUGGUUUGAUGGCACCUUUACUUCGGCCAUCCCCGAUCUCACCGCCUUGGCUGGACGCAUCGAAGCGGCCGUGGACAUUGGCGCCAACCUGCUGCGCAAGUCAGAGGACGACAAGCGCCGGGCCAUGAAGAUGCUCCUUCUUGUCCACCUCACACCUUGCCUUUCCGAAGACAUGCAGACCCGUUUGGCGGAGCACAUUGCCUCUGGCGAACGCCUGGACCCCCAGUCCGUGGCUGAAGCCCUCGCCGGCUUUGAAAGCAAGAGCAUCAGCAGCCGCUGGACAGACAUGCAUGGCCAGAUGCCCGAGCAAAUUCACAACGCCACCCAGCUGACAGAUGCCAUCCGCGCCAUUCGUGGUCAAUUCACCGAGGAACGCCUGUGCGACUUUAGCGUCCUGACCAUCCUGGACACCACCAUGCGCUUCAAGCCAUCCUUCUUCUCCCGCACCCUGCAGAACCACAGUGCCUACCCAACCAACACGGUCGACGAACUCUUGCAGCUGGCCAAGCUCAUCACCCCUAUUCCCUCCCUGCCCGAAAGGACUCGUCCUCGCAGUCCCAGCCUUCGCCGAAGCCCCAGCCCCCUCAGUGGCAGCCCCUUGCGCCGCGCCCUGUCUCCCAACCCACCAAUCAUGAGCUCCUCGCCCACGCAAAAGCUCACACCCAUUCGCUUGGGCUUUCAUGCCGCGUAAACCCCUUUCUUCAUUCUGGUCCCCUCUUGCUUUUUUUGUUUUUACUUUCUUUUCCUUUUUUCUCGUCCCUGCCAUUCCUACAUCCUUCGUUCGUGGUCUUCACGAUCCUCGUCGCCAUUUUAGCGCCUGUGCGCACGUCCCGCAAGCUUUGGUCGAUCCUUUGAUCCCCUUGCCUGUCGCUGUCUGUUUCUUGUGCCUUUUUUACGUUUGGGCUUUUUCUUUCUUUCCCCCUUUUUUUUUUUUUUUUAACGGGACUGCUCAUUCUCCUUCUUGACUUCUCCUUGACUUCACCUUCUUGAACGACUCGCGUAAAUGAAAACACACACCCCAAUCCGCUCCCUCCCUUCCCAAUUGCUCGCGAACCGGCCUUUGCUCCUUGGUGUGU